AUGCAAAAUAGGGUCGACAGUGCACGCAAAUACUUAACUUUGGUUAGAAAUAAAUUCAAAGAGAAUGGCGAAAAAUAUGAGGAGUUCCUUCAAAUCAUGAAAGCUUUUAAAGAGCAAAGGUAAAAAUUAUGCAGGAUGGAUACUGAAGCUGUAUGCAAGCGCGUUCAAGAACUUUUUAAAGGCCACCGAGUUCUUUUAUUAGAGUUCAAUAAGCUGAUUCCUCAAAACUACCGAAUUUCUAUAGAGUCCCGCCCUCAUUAUAAUGAAGCAAUUGACUAUAUGCGCCGAGUUAAAGAAGAAACGAAGCAUGACCCUGCAAUUUAUGAGGAGUUUAUAAGGAUCCUUAAGCUCUACCAAAACAAAGAGAUGUCCCUUGACGAUGUCAACAACUCAGUAAAAAAACUGAUGGUGGAUUUCCCUUCCCUUAUAGACUCCUUCAAAGCAUUCUUACCGAAUUACUAUGACGACUCUUCAUCAGAAGAAAAAGAGGAGCCCUCCUAUUCCAAGCCUUCUAAAAAGCGCAAAGAAAUAGUUCCUACCGCCACUUUAACAGUCGAAAAAUUAGUAAUUGAAGAAAUCGCUGAGCCAAUAGGGAAAAAUGAAGUCAUUUUUUUUACAAAACUCAAAAAAGUCCUCGAUUGUAAUUCCCAGCCAAACACUGAUUAUUUCUUAGAGUUCAGCCAAGUUUUUCAGUUGUAUACUGACUGCAUCAUUACGAAAGUUGAGCUGCUAAAAGUGGUUGAGCCUCUGUUUAAAUUAACAGACUAUCAUAAGUUUUUAAACCCCAGAUCUCCAGGGGUAAGAAGGUACCAAAAAGAAGAAAACCCUGAGCUCCUUCAAUUCGUGCAGCAUCAGCUCAGUGAUUUCUUCGAAACUUUGAAAGCAACUGCAACAAGCCGUGAAAGCAAUAGGAGAAAGCAUGGAUGAUUUUUUAGGCCUCUUUCAGACUUCGAUACAGGAAAAGCAAAAAGAAAUGGUCAUAGCUAUUUGCAAGUGCAAAGACCUUCAAUAAAACGCCAUAGAGUUUACCCAUAUGACAGCAAAUGAAUUUCUGUGCCUUAUGGGUCUGAAGAUUUCUCAUUCAGAAAUUUCAGGAAGAACGCUUUUGAAGACGCACUGUUUAAAUGUGAAGACGAAAGGUAUGAACUUGAUAUGACAAUCGAAUGCGCAUUGUUUACACUAACUCCCCCCCCCCCCUCCGUGAGCGAACAAAACCAUUAGAAAAAUCGCCAUUUUUUGACCAAAAACCCACCCUCCGUGAGUGAACAAAAAUAUUUUUAAUAGAAAAAAUUUUAAUAGAAAAAAUUUUGCUAUAUAAGUGAUAAUUAGUAUAAUGAAAUCUAGAGCUAAUUCUGUUUAAUUUUAAACAAAUUGCGUUUUAAAACAUAAAUUUUGCAAAUUAAAUUAGUAUUUGCUUCCCAUUUUUGCAAAUUAGGAUUUUUUUUUAAAUUUCGAAAAAAAUAUUUUUUAUAAAAUUUAUAUAUAAAUUGUUUUUAAAAAAAAAAAUUAACCCCCCUCCGUGAGUGAACAAAUUUUUUUGUUCGCUCACGAAGGGGGGGGGGAGUAAGGAUGCUUGAAAGUGCAGAAAGUAAAAUGAAAAGUUUGCCAAUUGACCAGCAAAAAACGUUCCAAUUAGAUGAAAAGUUUAUGGCAAGUUUAAGGCUCAGAUCAAUUCAAAGUAUUUACUCUGAGCACGCUUCUAAAAUAGUAGAAACGUUAAAAAUUAAUCCAGCAAGGGCGUUGCCUGUAGUUAUCGCAAGGAUUAAAAGCAAAGUAGAUGCUUGGAAAAAUAUAAGUAAGCCUGAAAGCGAUAGAACUUGGGACGAAACUAUAGAAAAAAAUUUCUAUAAAUCUCUUGAUCAUAGAUCUUUUUACUUUAAGCAGAAUGAGAAGAAAAUGAUGAAUCCAAAGUCCUUUUUAAUGGAGGCUAAAUCGAGGUCAUUAAAUUUGGCAGCAAAAAAAUCACAGCUCAGAAAAUAUUUAGAAGAUAAAACAAUAGACCAAGACUAUGACAUAAUCGGAGGGUCACGAAACCAGGUGUUUUUUAACUCUUUUGCAGGGCUUUCUGGAGCAGUUUAUCACAAACUCCCUGAGAAUUUUGCUGAUGAUAUACUUUUGGAGUUUAAAGAACUUGAUAUGCCAGAUCAUGCACUUACAUCUAACAAUGGAAUAGAAUAUGCAACUUUACCUCAAUUUCGGCUUCUGUUCAACUAUCAGCCAGUUUUAAAUGACGCUCUCAGGAUUUUGCUGUAUGCAGCAGAAAAAUCAAAUUUAUCUGGAAAAGAAAAAAUAAACCAAUGGGUCACAGUAUUAUUCCAAGACUUUUUGGAACUUAGCCUUCCAUCAGAUAUCGUCAAUCACAAAGUUGAGGAUUUUUUUGAGAGCAUUCCAGAAGACGAAAGCCAGAUAAUUCCUAAUAAUUAUGAGGACAUUGAAAUGACAAAGAAAAUCAUUAGUAAAUGGAUUGACCCUGAAAACUCCCAAGAGAUUGAAAAAGACGACAAUUCUGUGUCUGAUCUUGGACACGACCCAAUCUCACUGAAAAAAGACCAAUCUUUUGCAGCGUUUAUUCCGUUAAUGAAGAAACAUAAUAUUAUGUAUUGUCCAAGCACAGUUUAUUGCUUUUUGAGAUUCUUCUUUGUGAUGUAUGAAAGACUCUUAAAGGUAAAAAUGGUUUUAAAUCAAGAAGCCAAAGAAAAUCCGCCUAUUGAGACAGGUGAAUAUCAUUUUACAGACCAGGCACAAGCAGAAUAUUUGGGAUUUUUAAAAUCUGUUUGUUUGGUUUUGAAGAACACCUAUGAUAGUGCAAAAUUCGAAGAUAAAUGCAGAAUGCUUCUGGGAAACGAUGCUUAUGUGCUUUUUACCUUCGAUAAGCUUGCAGUUUACACAGCAAAGGCUUUGCAUGCUUUAGCCCAUGACGAAAUCGCAACAAAAUCCUUGCCUUUCUUUCAAAGAUUUAGCAGAUCUAAGCUAAAUGAAGAAGUGUAUAUGGCAGAUUUCUUGAGAAGCGUCCCAAGCCACCAACUCUUCAGACUUCACUGAAACGUGGAUUUCAAAAUUUUGUGCAUCACUUAUAUAGAAAGUCCUUAUGAAAAACUUCAGGAGCCUGGAAUAAAGCACUCCUUGAAGUAUGCAAAAGAAUUCACAAACGAAAUUUGUGAAACAUCAUUAGAAGAUGAGUUGAAAUUUCUGUUUGAAAGGCUUGACAUUUAUUAUCAGCAUUAUAAUAUAACACAAAAUGAUGUUGCAAAUCAAUUGGAGUUUAUGAAUGGGAUAAAGAUUGGGCUGUAUGAAAGUUCGCUUAAGAUGCAUUUCAUUCCUGAGCACGAAGAGCAUUUAUUUAACACAAAAUUUUACAAAAAUCAUUUACUUUUAGCAACAGAGGAAGAUACGUAUAUAUGCAAAGAUAAAAAUUCUUACAUUCAAAAAUUGACAGAGAUAGGCCAAAUGAAGUUCCAGAAGUGGAGAGAGACUAAUCAAAGAUAA